GCAGGGUGCACCAGAUGAUGCACCACAAUAUUUACACAGAUCAGUGAACUAGUGACAAUUGAAUAUCAGUGAUAAGUGUUCGAUAUUCUUGAUUAUCGGUACAGCUAGAGAAAAAACGCCAAACAUAAACAAUCUCGUUAUCUUCAUUAUUGUCAAAGCAUCAGUAGCAUCUCGCGAUUAUUGAAGAGACGAUGUGGAUAAGAUUUUGAAAGGAAACAUAAGAAGUCGAACGAACAUCAAAUCAUUCAUCUUGAAAAAUUAUUUUCAAGACAUUAAAAUGAUUUUUCGUGUUUUACUUGGGAUUUGUGUUAUCCCAUUCGUGCAGUCGAAGUGGGAUAAUAAUGUCUACAUCAUCAGUAAUUACGAGAGCGAGCCUAAAUCUUCUCUAAGAGACUCUACUGGAAGUUUUGUGCCAACUUGGGACAGUCUGGACUCCAGGAAACUUCCGAGCUGGUUCGAUGACGUAAAAAUUGGAAUUUUUAUUCACUGGGGUGUCUUCAGUGUCCCCAGCUUCGGCUCUGAGUGGUUCUGGACCAACUGGAAAGGGGGUUCAGUCACUAUCCGGGACUUUAUGAAGAAGAAUUAUAAGCCAGGUUUUAGUUAUCAGGACUUUGCUCGUGAUUUUACAGCUGAAUUUUAUAAUGCCACUGAGUGGGCUGAUUUGUUCGAAGCCUCUGGAGCCAAAUACGUUGUUCUCACUAGUAAACAUCACGAGGGGUACACACUCUGGCCCUCGAAGUACUCUUUUAGCUGGAAUGCUAUGGAUGUUGGACCUCAUAGGGAUCUGGUUGGUGAACUAGCAGACGCUGUCAGAAGAAAAAAAGACAUUCACUUUGGACUUUAUCACUCCUUGUUCGAGUGGUAUAAUCCUCUGUACUUGAUUGAUAAGGCUAACAACUUCAGCUCUGAUAUUUUCAUUCAGAGUAAAGUCCUCCCAGAGAUGUACGAAUUAGUAGAGAAGUACAGGCCUGAUAUUAUCUGGAGCGAUGGCGACUGGGAAGCUACUGAAAUCUACUGGAAGUCCAAGGAAUUUUUAGUCUGGUUGUUUAAUGAGAGUCCGGUUAAAGAUAGUGUUCUCGUUAAUGAUCGAUGGGGAAUUGGUACCUCCUGCAAGCACGGGAGCUACUACAAUUGCGCUGAUAGAUAUAAUCCAGGAAAACUCUUGUCUCAUAAAUGGGAGAAUGCAAUGACCAUUGACAAGAAGUCUUGGGGUUAUCGUCGAAAUGCUCCCCUUGAGGAUUAUCACACUACUAGAGGGUUGGUCGCGGAAUUGGUGAGCACUGUCAGCUGUGGGGGUAAUAUAUUGAUAAAUGUAGGACCCACGAAGGAUGGUAUAAUUCCGCCCAUCUUUCAGGAUCGACUCAAAGCACUGGGUCGUUGGCUCAAAAUCAAUGGCGAAGCUAUUUAUCAAAGUCGACCCUGGACAACUCAGAAUGAUACGAUAACUGGUGAUACUUGGUAUACGAUGAGUGCUGAUCACUUGAAUCUGUACGCCAUUGUUCUGACCUGGCCAGAGGACAAUGUUCUCAAACUUGGGGCUCUAUCGUCGAAGGAGAAAUAUUUGUUCUCCAUGCUUGGAUUCUCAGGGCCACUGAAGUCGAUAUCUAAGGGAAACAGAGUCGAUGUGUAUCUCCCUCCAAAUGCUCAUAGAGGAGAGCCAGGGUGGGUCGUGAGGAUCAAAGACCAAAAAUUGAGGGAUAUCCAUCAAUUGUAAACAUCAGAAAUAUUUUUCAAUAUUUUUUUAUUAAAGGUGUCUUUGAGACUAA